CGGUAGGCAGGAAAUGUGUGAGCUUGUGUGAGAAUAAUUUCACAACUUGCUGACCACACAAGCAGUUAAGAAAAGAAUGCAGUAGCUGUGCUAUACUGCAAAGAAAUUGCCAGGGUUUUUUUUCCGCCCUUUUGACCACUGAAGUUGUAGCACUAAGCUUCUUCUUGAAUCAUGCAGGCAAACAGAGGGGUCACAUUUAUCUUGCUGAGUCUAAUGGCCAGAUUGGGGAGCCCAAAGGCUGUACUGACUCUGCAGCCUAACUGGCCCCUGUUCUUCACUGGAGAGACUGUCGGUUUCAGGUGUUUGGGACAGCCAUUCAAACAUUAUGGAUUCAUAUGGUACAGAAAUGAAUCAAAUCGUUCGGUGGUACAGCACACAUCCUAUGAAAACACCUACAUCAUCUCACCUGUUACUGAAGCCCACAGUGGUGUAUACAGGUGCGCUGAUUUUGGCUCCUAUAGUGAUCAUGUCGGACUGAACGUGUCAGCACUGCCUAAAGCCAAGCUGACUGUAGAGCCAAAAUGGCGCCCACUGUACAAUGGAGAGACCGUCACUCUGAGGUGUGAGGUAGACUCUUACAGCAACUGGACAUAUUCUUGGUACAAAGACCAGACCCAGAUGGCCGUGUCUCAGACUGCUGGUCACAGUGUAACUGGUAACAGACUCACCAUCCCUGGUGCUGCUGGGUCUGACCAGGGGCAGUACUGGUGUGAGGGGAGGCUGGAGGGGAGAAAAGUGACAUCACAGCGCAGCGACUCCAUCAAUCUGACUGCUGCAGCCCUGCCUAAAGCCACUCUGAUCGUGAAGUCAAAAUGGCGGCCACUGUACAAUGGAGAGACCGUCACCCUGAGGUGUGAGGUGGACUCCUACAGCAACUGGACACAUUUCUGGUAUAGAGACCAUAACCAGAUAGCCACAUCUCUCACUAAAGAGUACAGUGUAAACGUCACUGGGGCUGCUGGGUCUGACCAGGGGGAGUACUGGUGUGAGGGGAGGCUGGAGGGGAGAAAUGUGACAUCACAGCGCAGCGACUCCAUCACUCUGACUGUAGCCCUGCCUAAGGCCACUCUGAUCGUGAAGUCAAAAUGGCGCCCACUGUACAAUGGAGAGACCGUCACACUGAGGUGUGAGGUGGACUCCUACAGCAACUGGACGCAUUUCUGGUACAAAGACCAUAACCAGACAGCCACAUCUCUCACUAAAGUGUACAGUGUAAACAUCACUGGGGCUGCUGGAUCUCACCAGGGGCAGUACUGGUGUGAGGGGAGGCUGGAGGGGAGAAAAGUGACAUCACAGCGCAGCGACUCCAUCACUCUGACUGUUGCAGCACUGCCUAAAGCCACUCUGACAGUACAGCCAAAAUGGCGCCCACUUUACAAUGGAGAGACCGUCACCCUGAGGUGUGAGGUGGACUCCUACAGCAACUGGAUAUAUUCCUGGUACAAAGACCAGCCCCAGAUGGCUGUGUCCCAGACUGCUGGUCACAAUGUAACUGGUAACAGACUCACCAUCCCUGGUGCUGCUGGGUCUGACCAGGGGCAGUACUGGUGUGAGGGGAGGCUGGAGGGGAGAAAAGUGACAUCACAGCGCAGCGACUCCAUCACUCUGACUGUUGCAGCCCUGCCUAAACCCACGCUGGAGGGGAGAAAUGUGACAUCACAACCCAGUGACUCUAUCACUCCGUCAUAUCCUACAACUUUAAUUAAACAGCAAGGUAGACUGGUGUUCGGUCUGGGAGCUGCUCCUCUGCUGCUGGCCUCCAUUAUACUGUUUGUGAAAUGGUGCAGGAAACCAGGGUCGCCUAAUGAAGCAGCUGUCAAAUACACUGAAGAGAAUGUGGAAGUUGACUUAUAAAACCUUCACACAGAAGCUGGAUCAGUGUGCUCAUGUGGAAUGAAGAACGUUUGAGAGCUCAGGAUUAUUUUUCAAUGUGAUGUUUCCCAGCUUGCAGGGAAAUCCUGAUUGGGGGUACAGUCAUGGGGACACUCAGUGAGUUUUGGGAAUGAGAACAGGAAGUUGUUGUGCCUCUAGAGUGCAGAAUUUGUGUAAUAUUUAUCUGCGGUUGUGAUUCACGAGCGCUGCACAUGACAUCUUUGUCUACGUUAGUCAGCUUUGAUCGCUGUAUGUUUGUUUCAGGUCCAACAUUGAACUUUAUAUAUGAUGCAGAAAACUCGCGAAAGACGUACAUAUAGCUUAAACAGCUGAGACUCUGCAACAUGUUCAAAAUGCAUUUCAUGUGUCUGCGUGUAUUAGUAUUAAAUUAAAUGGACUUUAAAGUGUG